AUGACUGAUAACGACGUGAACGGAGAUGUGGACGAUUGGGCGGUGUGGCAGCUGGUCGACCCGCUGCUACCCACGGGUGGAUUUGCGCACUCGCAGGGCCUGGAGUCUGCGGCUCACUCGAGGCUCGUCGCCGGACUGGACGAGAGGGUCAGAGAUCAGACCGGCUGGGACGUGGACACGUUCUGCUUCGAGGCGGUUAGGAACGCGUCGACGCUCAUGAUUCCAUUCGUGGAGGCGGCGCGCGGCUUACAUCAUCCGGCGGCUGGAGCCGGCGGCAAAAAAGCAUCCACGGAUUGGGAGUGGCUUGAUCGACGCUUGGGAGCGCACCUCGCCGGUAACCACGUCGCCAAUCGCGCGUCCGUCGCGAUGGGCGCCGCUCUUAUUCGCGCCGCGAUCGCGGCGUACGGAGAAGACGAGAAGAUUGGCCAGAAGCUCAAGGAGGUGAAGCGGAUAUCUCGAGCGGAGAAGAGCGGCGGUCACCUCGCCACCACCUUCGGCGCCGUCGCGGGGUGCCUCGGUCUGUCCACGCGUCGCGCCGCGAGACUUUUCGCGUAUCUCACGCUGAGGGACGUGCUGAGCGCGGCGACGCGACUGAACCUGAUCGGUCCACUCGAGGCUGCGGCGUCCAUGCGGCGAUGCUCGAAUCGGUGCAACGAGAUGGCGACGACGGCGGCGAGCUCAGCGGCGGCUUUACACGCGAACGCUCCGAAAGAUUUCGCCGUCGCGGCGGCGGUAUCUCGCGCGGCAAACACGUCGCCGCUGACGGAUCUGAUCCAGGGCGGGCACGACGCUCUCUACUCCAGGCUGUUCUCCAGCUGA